GCCGGUCCUGUACCCCGUCGAACGCGAUCGGCGCCCAGUACACGUGCACUCCGUCGCGCGGGACACUUCGCAUUCUUUGCUCCGCGUCUCGCAUUUUCACCUCCGUCCGUGUGAACGAUCUCACUCCGGUGUCUCUCGGCGCUCAUAGCUAGAGAUUUUCUCCGUCGUCCCGCGGGGUCAGGAAAAACGUUCGACUGCCGCGAGCAAUUGACUUUACGGGCACGCCAGAAGUCCGUCGAGAGAGGUCACUUCACGAGUCCUAGAGAAGAAGCAGGCAAGACGAGCGGGAGCGGCUUGUACUCGGAUCUCAACUUCUCGGACCUCAAUUUCCGAUAGGAGCCCCCCGAGAUGGCCGGCAGAAACGAGUGGGACUACUCCAUCCGAAAUGGUCCCAGUACGUGGGUUUAUAAAUUCCCGAUGGCGGCGGGUUCAAGGCAGAGUCCGGUGAACAUAGAGACAGAUCGAGCUGAAUCCGAUCACGAAGCUCUCAACAGCAAACCUUUGCGAUGGAAGUAUCCUGCCACGGCUUCGAAAAAAUUGAUCAAUCCUGGAUAUUGCUGGAGAGUGGACACCGACGGAGAAGGAACCU